GGUUGAACGACACUAGAUCUUAUCGUCCGCCCAUCCCACCCGCCUGCCCUUCCUCUUCCUCUCUCACACCUCACUCACCAUCCUCACCUUCGCCAUGGCCGUCUACGACAGCAGCUGACACACCUUGUCCGCGGAAGGCUCACGAGUCUUCACCAUCACACCCAUUGCGCCGGCUCCCGCUUUCCCGACCUGCUGCACUUGAACCACCCGCUUGCGACUCGGCCAGUAUUGCCAUCGACACAACUUGCGACUCGAUAUCAAUACCAGCCAUGCCGACUUCAAGGCUGCGCCGAGCAGCUCGGGUCAUUCUCAUUGGUGCGCCGGGUGUUGGAAAGGGCACACAGACGGAGCGAUUGAUGAAGCGCUUUCCACAACUAUCUGCCAUCAGCUCGGGAGAUUUGCUGCGGGAUAAUGUUCGCAACAAGACACCGCUCGGCAUUCAAGCCGAAUCGCUCAUGAAUCGCGGAGCCUUGGUGCCCGAUGCCAUGAUUCUACGAUUGAUCCGCAACGCUCUCACUACCAAAGGCUGGCUCAUACCUGCAGAUGGCAUGCAACCAUACACAUUGAACUACAGCAACGCAGCCGAUCUGCAGCCUGCGGCGGGUGAUGGGGUGCCCGAGAGCUGGACGACAAUUCCUACUGAGUUGGACACCGACUACCGUUACAGCGAACAUCCAGAUGCGUCCUUCAUCCUAGACGGAUUCCCGCGCAAUGCAGCACAGGCCGAGCAAUUGGAGAAAAUGGUGCCAGUCAACAUGGCUAUCCAACUGCAUACUCCUACUGAGAUCAUCCUUGACCGAAUCUGUAAUCGAUGGGUGCACCCGUCGAGCGGGAGAGUGUACAAUACGACCUUCAACGCACCGAAAGUCGAUGGCAAAGACGACAUCACGGGAGAGCCACUGAUCCAGAGAGAUGAUGACAAACCAGAAGUCUGGAUGAAUCGGCUAAAGACUUUUGACGAAAGUAGCCGAGGUCUAGUCGAUUACUUCAAGAAGCGAGGUGUACUAUGGAGAGUCGAAGGCAACAGUAGCGACGAAAUCACCCCGAAGCUAUUCGACGAGUUCGAAAAGCGAUUUGGCGAAGCUUGAAAUGAACAUCGUUUGAAAUUGUGUAUGCAAAGCUUGCUACGAUUGAUAGGAUGGGAAGACCGAAAGACUGACAUGCUGAGCGUGGCGUCUGGAGUAUACAGUGCGGGAAUCGGCUCGACUUUUGAGGCAAGUCUGGGAGCGACCGACUGGGAGAAUACCCAAAGGGCAUCAGGUUGAAUGCACAGAAUGUAACAACAAUAGCAUGUGUAGUGCUAACGAAAUGCAUCAUCUGCACAUUGAAUACAGAACUCGCCUCACUCCUCUCGAGCGCGAUGCAUGUCAAAUAGAUCGGAUC